AGGUGCCUCAGCCUGCAGAUCACGCGCAUCUCCGCCUUCUUCCAGCACUUCCAGAACAACGGUUCCCUGGUUUGGUGCCAGAAUCACAAGCAGUGUUCUAAGUGUCUGGAGCCCUGCAAAGAGUCCUGGGACCUGAGGAGGCAUCAAUGCCAAAGCUUCUGUGAGCCUCUGUUCCCCAAGAAGAACUACGAAUGCUUGACCAGCUGUGAGUUCCUCAAGUACAUCCUGUGGGUGAAGCAGGGCGACUGCCCAGCCCCCGAGCGGGCCAGCGGGUUUGCAGCUGCCUGUGUGGAGAGCUGCGAAGUGGACACUGAGUGCUCUGGGGUGAAGAAAUGCUGCUCCAAUGGGUGUGGGCACACCUGCCAAGUGCCCAAAACUCUGUACAAAGGUGUCCCCCUGAAGCCCAGGAAAGAGUUACGAUUCACGGAACUGCCAUCUGGACAGCUGGAGAUUAAGUGGUCCUCAAAAUUCAACAUUUCCAUUGAGCCCGUCAUCUAUGUAGUGCAGAGACGAUGGAACUAUGGAAUUCAUCCCAGCGAAGAUGAUGCUACCCACUGGCAGACCGUGGCUCAGACCACAGAUGAGAGGGUCCAACUGGCGGACAUCAGACCUAGCAGGUGGUACCAGUUCCGAGUGGCUGCUGUCAACGUGCAUGGGACCCGAGGAUUUACAGCCCCCAGCAAGCACUUCCGCUCCUCCAGAGACCCAUCUGCACCACCAGCUCCGGCUAAUCUCCGGCUUGCAAACUCCACCAUCAACAGUGAUGGCAGCGUGACCGUGGCGAUCGUUUGGGAUCUUCCCGAGGAACCAGAUAUCCCCGUGCAUCACUACAAAGUAUUUUGGAGCUGGACGGUCAGCAGCAAGUCCCUUGUCCCCACCAAAAAGAAGAGGAGAAAGACUACAGAUGGGUCCCACAAUUCUGUGCUCCUGGAGCGACUACAGCCAGACAGCAGCUAUAUGGUGGAACUGCAGGCCAUUGCAUACUGGGGGCAGACACGCCUCAAAAGCGCAAAGGUGUCUCUUCAUUUCACGUCCAUCCACACCACCCGCAACAAAGAGCCACUUGGGAAAGCUGGAAAGGGUGUGAUUCAAACUCAGUCCCCUUUCCCAAGACGACGAACCACCCGGCUACUAGAAAUCGGAGCUCCCUUCUACCAGGACAACCAACUGCAGGUCAAGGUCUACUGGAAGAAGACCGAAGAUCCCAGCGUCAGCCGGUAUCAUGUGCAGUGGUUUCCAGAAUUAUGUUCCCGCAACGAAACAGCCAGCUCUGAGAAGUCAUCUAGCAUGACACACGAGAAUUAUAUCAUUCUUCAGGAUCUGUCAUUUUCCUGCAAAUACAAGGUGAUGGUCCAACCCAUCCUGCCCAAGGGCCACGUGAAGGCGGAGACCGUGUUCUUCACCACACCACCCUGCUCCUCACUCAAGGGGAAGAGCCACAAACAUGCCAGCUGCCCUGGCGAACCAGGCCACGUUCUUUCCAAAGUGCUGGCCAAGCCGGAGAACCUGUCCGCGUCCUUCGUUGUCCAUGACGUCAACAUCACGGGCCACUUUUCUUGGAAGAUGGCCAGGACAGACCUCCAGCAGCCCAUGACGGGGUUUCAGGUGACUUGGGCUGAGGUCACGACAGAGAGCAGGCAGAACAGCCUGCCCAACAGCAUCAUCUCGCAGUCCCAGAUUUUGCCGUCGCCCCUGUCCCUGGGUGUGGCCUAUGGCUAA